AGUGGUGGAUUUAGGGUGAGUGUCUGACCCGCAUGACAUUCCAUACAUGCCUUCAUACCCUCCCUCCUGCUGCUGAGCCAGUCAAAUAUGAGCCCUCGGAAAACCCAAAGUGAUCCCAAAUGAUUGUGACGCGCCGGGAUGUUGCUAUGAGAGCUGGUAUUGAAAUGAGGAAACUCCACCCAUCGCUCCGGGCCAUGUGGUUCCCAUCGCUCUUGUUGCUGUGUGUUUGAGAAGAGGGAGAACACAGCUGCUGCAAAUGGAUCGGUUGCUCAUUUUAUGCCAUUAGAGUAGUUUGUGUCUUUGAUAACUGCCCUAUAUGGGCUACUUCUUGGCAACUAACAAGCGCUUUAGCUGCUUUUGUUCAGAGCUCAAAGUCAUUUGGGGAUCCAUUCCCAGUGAGAGCUGCUCCUGACAGGUGCGCACAGUGCGCAGAGAGGAUGGGCAGACGUGAGGCAGACAGCAGAGGCGCAAUGAACAACAGCGACCACUCCGAGCUCGGUUGUUUACAGGACGCGGCAUUCAGCGGCCACCAUGCCGGUGAGGAGUCCCCGAGGCUGCACAGCCGCCGUCCCUGCAGCGCGGACAAGCGGCAGAGAGACCCAGACAUGGAUGCGGUGGGCCGGGCAUCGACUACCACAGAGCCGAUGGAAGUCAAGAAGCACCAGCACAAACACAACUUGAAACACCGCUAUGAGGUGAUGGAGACUCUGGGGAAAGGCACUUACGGCAAAGUGAAGAAGGCGGUAGAGAGAGCAAGCCUGAAGAUGGUGGCGAUCAAGUCGAUCCGCAAGGAGCGCAUCACCGACAACCUGGACAGAAUUCACAUCCAGAGAGAGAUCGAGAUCACCUCCUCGCUCAAGCACCCCAACAUCAUACGCUUCCAUGAGGUGUUUGAGAGCCGGGAUAAGAUUGUGAUAGUGAUGGAGUACGCCAGCAGCGGAGAGCUGUAUGAUUACAUCCAGGAGAGGAGGAGACUGCCAGAAACAGAAGCCAGAGGCCUCUUCAGACAAAUCACGUCUGCUGUCCACUACUGCCACAAGAAUGGUGUUGUGCAUCGAGACCUCAAGCUGGAGAACAUCCUUUUAGAUCAAGAUUUGAAUGUAAAGCUGGCUGAUUUCGGCCUUUCCAAUCAUUUCCAGAGGGGCACUCUGCUGCAGACCUACUGUGGAAGUCCGCUAUAUGCCUCCCCAGAGAUAGUGAAAGGACUGCCAUACCAGGGGCCAGAGGUGGACUGCUGGGCACUGGGGGUGUUGCUGUAUGCCCUGGUGUACAGCAGCAUGCCAUUUGAUGGGGCCAGUCACGCCACACUCAUAGAGCAGAUCAGCCAAGGUCGCUACCGCAGACCCAACCCCCCCUCAGAUGCCUGCGCUCUUAUCAACUGGCUGUUGACAGUGCGUGUGGACGAGAGGGCUACGAUAGAGGACGUGGCCAACCACUGGUGGGUGAACUGGGGUUUUGAAGAGAGUGUGUGUGACUGCCCUUCAUCUCCACACCAAGAGUGCCCCUCCCCCCUGCUGGCUCGCUACAUUGACUGGCAGAAUCGGGUCACAGCUACCAGCAACAUGACUGUUGACCCAGGGUGCCUAUCCUCAGAUUCCUCCUGUCCACCUCAGCUCUCUCCCCACCCCUUUUACUUCAGCUUACCUCUGAAGAAUGACCAUGGAGGAGGAGUAGGAGGAGGAGGAGGAAGGGUACGUGGAGGAAUGUCAAGCCUCAGGAAGUCACGCAAGGAGAAUGCAAUUCCCCAGUCUACAGUGGGAGCUUGUGGUGGUGUUUGUGCAACAGCUGCCUCCUCUGCUGCGAUUUCCUCCACUUCCACUAUUGAAAGAAAAAAACCCAAAGGUAUUCUGAAACACCAGAGGAGUUUUGACUCAGUCUUUCACAGCCCUCCUAAAGAAAACUCUUCCUCCCAACCGUGUAACGCUGCUCCCCAGCCUUAUCGAACACAUACACUUGCCCACACAAAUGUUGAUGUCUUGUCCACCAGCCUGCCACCUCCCUCUACAUUCAGUCAGCCCUCAUCCAAAAUGCCCAAGAAGGGGAUACUAAAGAACUUGUAUGGAGGGGAGUCAGGUUAUGGCUCAUCCUCAGAAAGAAGGAUCUCUGGAGCGGGAGUUAAAGAGAGUCAUGCAGGUGAUUUGUGCUCCCACAAACAGCACUCUUAUCUCCCAGUGGCAGAAGACAGCCCCACCAUGCGCACAGAGGCAGUAAGAAGAAGGAAGGGUAUUUUGAAACGCAACGGCAAGUUCUCUUGCAGUCUGGAUCUUCCUGAUGACCACCACUUGUCUCCCUCUUCAGCCCCCACGAUAUUCCCUGAGGCUCUGCAGCAGCUCCUCCAGGCCACAGGGGGUGGUGAGGGUCAUGGCAGCCGCCCCUCCAGUGUAGUGAGUGAGGAUAGCCUCUUCUCCUCCGAUUCCUUUGACCUACUAGACCUCAGCACCCAAUCACGUCGCAGGAUUUUCUCCCGGGGGAGGCAGCACAGUGCCUGCAGCUCUGAGGAGGACCUGGAGCAGCUGAGAGCUGAGGCAUACAGGGUUGCUGGAGACAGAAGGAAAUGCUAACAUAAGCCUUAGGAAUGAUGGAAACAUCAGUGUGGAGAAAAUUGUGUUGAACACCAGUUCACUUUUCUGUGAUAAUCAGUGCCUGCCAUCUUGAAAAGACUUAAAUGAACUCUGGAAAGGUUGCAUCUCGAGUACGUGGACUCUACCGUGUACUGUCAAUGUAAAGCACCAUUUCUUGGCAUAUUUGUAGUGAAUGAUUAAUUCAGCUGUAUUCAUUGACAUUUAAAUUGCAUUCUAAAAGUGAGGCAGUACAGAGAGUGACUUCACACUAAGUGACAUCUAAAGGGGAUCCAGUAUCUGCACAAUUGCAGAGAUGGGACUUGAAUGUGGCAGAUUGGACUCUGUUUAAUGAACUCACUCUGACCUCACCUGCACAGUAGAUCCUCAUUUUAGAUUUUACAGCAGAUUUCUGUUCAGAUAAGCCUUGAAUCUGUUAAAGUUAGCACUGCAGGUUUUUGGAACUGAUGAGACAUAUAACCGAGUGCCCUAUAUGAAUCCAUGUAUCAGUAUGUCAAUAAUGACAAUAAACCAGCAAGACAUAUGAAGUGCAUUUCCAUCCACCUGCUUUUAUGACAGUUUUGCACAUAAAAAACCUGAGUGGAAACACCAAAAGUUUGAAAAACCCCCUGAAAUUUUCACUUUUAGCUGAGGUGGAAAAGUUGGUAUAUCGAUAAAAGCAAAAUGCAACAAAGUGCAAACAGACUUAGUGAAUAAAUCAUGACUUUCAUGAGUGGGAGUGAGAUGAAAACAUAACAUCUGCCACAUUAAAACAUAAAUCCCACAUUUCCAUCAUUGUUUUCUACAUUGUUUUCCACCAUUUGAGGUUUGACUGGCGCUCUUUUAAUUACAUCAUCUUGUGCGCCCUCUUCUUCUGCAAUGGUUUUAAUGGCACCCAACACCUGAUUAGCUCCACCUACUGUUUAUCUUAAUGCGCUCAACUUCUAUUCGCAUAACGGUAGUGGAUGGGAUUCAGUUAAAAUUUGCACCACAUUUGGAUGGAAACCUGACUAUAGACAGCUCUAUUGUGAGGAUAAAUUCUGCUAAACUUAACUGUUGUGAUAUUGAAAUACUUUUCUUUACCGUAUUUUAUAACCUCUAUAUAAACAUUUAAUUAACAGUUUUGACUCAUUAAAAUGUAGUUGUAAGCAGAUAUAAAGACAUUUUUAAUAGUUUAUUGAUGUACAGUAUUUGUCAACAAUUAUAACUUGUCCUAUAGAGACAUAUUUUAUAUUAUUAAACUGUGUUUUACAAUACAAUUCAUUAUAUGUUUAUAUACCAGCCUCCACUUAUGGGUGUCCACAGGAGGAGUUAUAGUUGUUGACAAAUACAUUAAUAAAUCUGCUUUCAACUACAAUAAAUGUGCGUUAAAAAACAUUCAUUAAAUGUUUAUAUACUGCUGAAGUAAAGUGUUACCUAUUUCACCACGUUAUUGAGUAUAUUAUUAUAUUACACAGUAAUGUACUGUGCACAAUUUGCUCCUUUGCACUAACAGACACAGUGUGUAUAGCAGAUGGAUCACCUUGCUUUUUACUGUGACACCACUAAGGCUGCUGUGGAAAUUUGAUUAAGUGAUGUAUGCAGUAGAUGUAUGCAAUUUUAAAUCUGUAAUUUUCAUACUGUGGGAAAAGAAUUAUGUUCAUUUUGUUCAAGCAUUUCAUACUUUUUUUUUGAAAAAUUAAAUAAAUUAUGUGAACCUGAA